GUAGGCCUCUGUGAAGCCUGAACUCCAGUAGGGCCCAAGCCAGCCAGGAAGGAGGAGGCAGCCAGAGUGGCCACCACUGGUCUCUGCAGCAGAAGACCCCCUGCUGCCAGUUUUGGAAAACUCCAGGGUGUUUUCUGGAUUAUGAGCUUUGUGCCUGUAGAAGUGUGGCAAGAUGCAACGGAAUGGUGCAACAGUUUCAAACUGUUGGAAGCCCUGGAGAAAGCAUUGCCACCGGCCAGCCCGGCCCCUGCGGGACCACUCCCUGCUCCUGAAGAUCCGGCUCCGGAGCUGCCUUUGCCGGCACUGCCUUCUCCUGCUGCACCUUUGGCUCAGCUGCCUGCGGACCCUGCUGGACCAUUGCCUGCGGGUGCUGGCGGGGCGGCGGCUCCUGUCCGGGUCCUGAUAUGUGGCCACUCGCUGGUCUUUUGGGCCUUCAAACGGGCCAGCUCCUCACACUGGGGGUCGCAGUUGGGGUUGGGGAAGCAGGCUGCGGUAUACUGGUUAGGGAUGCGGGGCAUGCUAUGGAACCAGUAG